AACAUUCCUUCCUCUGCUCGUUACAAUCAUCUCCGGCAUUUCCCUCGCAUUUUGGUUCGAACAGCAAGUUACGGCCAAUACUGACAGAUUUCUCUACGAUGUCAAAGACUCCAUGUCGGACUGGGGCGUAGGCGGCGACGCCCCAUCAUUUCGCCAAUUCCAGGACACUCACAAUGACUUUCACACAAUGCGGAUCAAUAGCAAUGAUUUCCUGUCGAAGUUGGACUUUAUGCUGCCACAGCAAUACUAUGAUGAAGAGGGCAUCCCUAGGGAGGACCUCCCAAUUGACAAAUACCCCGACAUCGAGAACCUUGUACGCGACAUCUCGCCCACUUCAAGAUGCAGCAAGCCAGAAGCUCCCCGAGAACAGUGGGUGUUCCUAACCUACUCCGGUUUUCGUUUCUUCCCAUGGGACUCAGACUUCAUCUACGCGAUCAAUUACGCUCAAGGUGACCGCAAGCUUAACCAGACGGGUCUAUACUUUGCGCAAUGCAGCGGCACUGCAAGCUUCCUCUGUGGAGUGUGGAACACGCGAAGCCCAGCUCUGGUGCAUUUCUUGGUUGAAGAAGAAGAAAUUCUUGAUACAGAGGAGACUGGCUUCACCUAUCGCGGGAACGCUGAAGACCUGCGAUCAGUUACAGUGCGACUCAUUGAAUUUCCACUGAAGGACGCGUACACCGGACUUCCAUGGACCACAUUUCCUUCGUUUCAGAACCAAAUGUUGUCAAUCAUGACGGGCGACCGAUUGUACGAGCAGUUCGAGCCAUAUGAUCCUCAGAACCAGGCAUUCGAGCGUUUUGGAGAGUACAUGAACAAGAACUACUGGGACAACAAGAACCAUAUUCUGUAUCAUGUUAGCGAGGCUGAGAAUUGGAUGGAUGAUACAAUCAUCAGCCCGAUGCUCAAGUAUCUGGAUGCCGAGGAGGCCUGGCAAAUGGUGUUCGGGACAGUACUCAUUGGCUCCUCGAGUCUUGUUGCAUUGACUGUUCUAAUUCCGUUGCGGGUGGUCAAGGGGCUGGUGGGCAUAUUCUUGGGAAAGCCGCUAAGAGGAGAUGAAAUCAUGGGAGAUAUGGAUUUCACCAAAGACGGAGAGCCAGCCAAUAUUCUUGCAGAUCUCUUUGGCGGAUUCAUGGACGACGUGCUGAAGGGUGCCGAGAGUUUUUCGAGCAAGAGUGUGAAGAACAAUGUGUUCGGAACGACCCCGACAUCUGGUGCACAGUCGAGUGACGCGGGAAUACUAACAGGCAAAUGAGGACAUCUGCUGGAGACUCACGGGAAGUACGCUGCCUUGGAAGCCUGUAUCUCAAGACAGAUGAGCUUUCUUCCGACAUCUUGCGGGACUCUACCUGGACAUUAUGAGAUCGCCACUCGAGUGCAAAUUUCUGACAGAACAAACCAGUACCAUGAAGAAGCAGAGGUGAACUCACGCCCUGCCUUGAGCAAGCCGA